AGAGGGGGCUCUGCGGGUCCCCGUGCUGAGUGGCCCCUCCUGUCCCGCAGGCACUUCGCUGGCGGGGGUGACGUACAAGGGCUACGUGGAGAUCCCCAACCUCUCGGACGAGAACAACGUGGAUGAGGUGGAGAUCAGUGUUGGGCUGGUUAAAGAUGAGCCUGACACGAACUUACUGGCCUUAAUGAAGCAAGAGGGUACGAGGCUGAUCAGAGAUGCAGUGAGCACGUACAUCAGCGCCCUGAAAACAGAGUUCACCCAAGGCAUGAUCCUGCCCACAGUGAAUGGUGAGCAGACAGAGCUAGCUCCACAGCUGACACCCAGAGCAGAGGAGCGCAAGACCACUGCUAAUACAAGCACUGCGACACCUCAGCCUAAAUCCGUAGGAGUCAAGAUCCCCACCUGUAAAAUCAGUUUGAAAGACACUUUCUUAACAUCUCCUGAGGAGCUCUACAGAGUGUUCAUCACCCAGGAGAUGGUGCAGGCUUUCACCCAUGCACCAGCAGCUGUAGAUGCUUACAAAGGAGGGAAGUUCCAUCUGCUGGAUGGCAGUGUCAGUGGAGAGUUUAUCAACCUAGUCCCGGAGAAGCAGCUUGUUAUGAAGUGGAGAUUUAAAUCUUGGCCAGGUGGGCACUUUGCAACUAUUACCUUGAACUUCAUCGAUAAAGGUGGUGAGACGGAAGUGUGCUUGGAAGGCAAGGGCUUUCCUGCCAGUGAGGAGGAGCAAACACGGCAAGGCUGGCAGCGUUACUACUUUGAGGGCAUUAAACAGACAUUUGGCUAUGGUGCCCGCUUGUUUUAACAUCAGCUGCUGGCAGGUCUCUGCCCGAAGGUUCUGCCAUGUGGACUAAUUGGCAUCUCAUCUCUCGUCUUCUGUUCUUGGCAUCACUGCUAUGAAUAGUGGGAUGGCAGCACCCUGAGGAAAGGCCACUUGUAGCCCUCACUGCUUUGUGCAUGUCUCAUGCCGUGGGGGCAUCUGUCACUUGUAUAUACAUCUAUUGCUAAAUAAACUUAACUUAAAAAAAG